GCGGGGGGCGGGGAAUAGCGCUCCGUACAUUACAGCGCGUCGCAUCGUGACACCUGCACCGUCAGACUUUUCUCCGUCUCUUUUCUUCUCGCCCGCACAGCCACCGCCACUCGACAGCGGAAAAGCGGAGGCGACGCCCCGGCGAAUCUUCCCAAGCGAUUCCUUCGUCCUCGCUCUCGCCCCUCCGCCGCCGCCGCCGCCGCCGCCGCCGCCGCUCGCCUCGCAAUCGCCUCGCAAUCGCCUCGCCUCGCCUCGAUUUUGCAGUUCCUCGAGCUGAUUUUGAUCUUCCGGGAUGGACGACGGGGAGCUCGAUUUCUCGAAUCAGGAGGUGUUUGCGAACCAUGAUGUGUUCUCGGGCUCGACUUUAGGGGAAGUUCCCGGUAGUCGGUCCAUGGAUAGUUUCCUCGAGGAGAUCUUCAGGGACACCCAUGCUUGCACUCACACUCACACUUGUAACCCGCCGGGACCCGACUCAUCGCAUACUCACACCUGUUUUCAUGUGCACACUAAGAUUGUCCCCGCCACCAGUGAGGAGAAGGUUUCGACCGAUGAUACCGCAGAGUCGAUGGAGAAGAAAUCGAAGAAGCGCCCGCUCGGAAAUCGGGAGGCGGUUAGGAAAUACCGUGAAAAGAAGAAGGCCCGUGCUGCCUCGUUAGAAGAUGAGGUCAAUCGAUUGAGGGCCGUGAAUCAGCAGUUGAUGAAGAGACUUCAGAAUCAGGCUGCAUUGGAGGCUGAGAUUGCUAGAUUGAAGUGUUUGCUUGUGGAUAUAAGGGGCAGAAUUGAAGGAGAGAUCGGAGCUUUUCCAUAUCAGAGAACGGCAAUGCCUGGUAGUGCUUAUGUGGUGAACCCUUGUAACAUGCAGUGUAAUGAUCAGGUCCAUUGCCUUCAUCCGAGAGUAGAGGGUAGGAGUGGAGAUGGUACAAGCAUAGAUGGGCAGAGCUAUGGUGGUUGUGAAUUUGAAAAUCUCCAAUGCCCAGCCAAUCAGAACGUUUUAGGGCUUAAAACGCUUCCUGGAUGUGAAAAUGAGAACAUAGCACCAAAUGCAGCUCCUUCUGGUGGAAGUAAGAAAAAAGGAGGGUCUCGCGCAGUAACGGCGGGAUGAGAAUUUUUUGUAUAAUCGCCUUCUUCUUUCCAGAAGACCUAAAAUUAAUAAGUGGUCUUCAUGAGCGAUAGAGGUGUCCUUUGUCAGAUUGUUUAUUAUUCAGUCUCUCUACCGAACUUGGAUUGGCAGAGCUGGCAUGGCUUAGUUAUGUUUUCGAAGGGUAUUGUCUUAAUAUGCUACAUUUUAGACUGUUGCUUAAGCUGGACCUCGAUGGAUGAAUAGCCAGUGGACCUUCCAAUGCAGGACAAUCUGGUUUCGUGUGUGGCUUUAAGGGCUAUUACUUUUGCAGUGCAGUGUCAUGACAGUUUCUCCAUGGUGUUAUGUAGUGCUUCUUCUGAUUAGUAGAAACGCCUCCUUUUUGUAUGCUUGAUGAAUUCCUGAUUGUCGAAAGACAUAAAUUUAGGGAAGAUGGGGGUUGUUCCAAGAAUCAGUAAUCUCCUAAUGUGGAGGAGCGAACUCUAUCGCCCUUGAGGGGUCAAGCUCUUCCAUUUGUGGGGACUGAAAUAAGGUUUGCUUGUUUAACAGCAAAGAAAAUUUGUUGGCUUGGGAAUCUUAUGAAUAAACUUUGCGAGCAGUAUUUUGCUUUGCUAUAUA